UGCUAUGCGAUGCUAGGGGGGAAGGCUUCCACGAGUCCGGAAUCUCGUUGUCUAUGCAGUCAUUUGACCCGGGGUGGUGAGGAGAAGCCUGAGUCGAGAGAAGUUCGAUAGGCAUGAGCGCACAAUUAUUUUUAUUUUUUAUACAUUUACCCUCUGGUCUAUCGGACAGUAAAAUCAUAGUAAAGGAAUAUUUGAGCCGGUUUGCUUUUUCUUCGUGAGUAAAUGGAUUUAUGAUAAAAGACGAACGGAUCUUCUAUCGAUUCUAAAAUCUAUUAGAACUGGAGUAGGCGAAAUUUGUGACAAAAGUACAACUAGACUCAAUCAUAUUUUAUUGUAGCCGAUGUAGGCCUAUGCUAAAUGUUUUCCUCUUUCUACGUAGCUACUGACAUUUUGAGUUCUAUGAUCUGGGAUUGGGGCACGCUUUUCUCAGGAGCGAUUUUUUUUCUCUUGAUGCCUUGCGGAUUUUAUUUUAUUUUAGGCAAGUAGGGUAAACGUGGGUAAAGGCAAAUCUCUUCUAAAAGUUUCCUCUUAAUACUGGAGCGUCUUUACGGGCUAAAGUUAACGACGUUGGAUAUUCAAGCUUUUGUAAAGUUUUAACAUCAAAUCACGCACUCUGAGUACGACAUUUUUCUACGCUGGCUGUUUCGUCGACCCUCAAGAAGGUAGGUUUUUUUCAAGGUUGGCACAGUGAAUGGCUCAGUGCUGAUUCCCCAGCGGUCCCGAUGGCAUUCCAUUCACAGAGCAAUCAACAGCUGUAGCGGCCCUCACAGGAUGUUGGCGGUGCGGAGUACGCUGGUGGUUCUGGCCUUGCUUGCCCACAUUUUACCAUCCCAGGCCCGGCCUGCCAUCCCUGAUGAAGUCAUCCCUGUGCCACCUGUGGAAAUCCAAGCAGAGCGCUACACCCUUUACCCUGGGGACCGACUGGAGCUGAGCUGUAAAACCGAGUCAGUCAAUUGGACCAAGGACCAUGCAGUGGUGGUGGACGGGGAGCACACACGCUUACGAGACGGCCAGCUGGAGAUCGAGGGGGUGGAGCCGGCUGACUCUGGCCUGUACACCUGCGUCACCUUUGGCAACCACAGCUCUUACUUCUCUGUCAAUGUCACAGUUGAUAUCCUGGCAUCCUCUGAAGAUGAAGACGAGGAGGAUGAGUCUUCCUCAGAGGAGGCAAAGAUGUCUAGCAGUCAAAAGCUUUUACCAAUGGCCCCUCAGUGGGCUCAGCCCGAGAAGAUGGAGAAAAAGCUGCAUGCUGUCCCAGCCAGUAAGACGGUCAAGUUCCGCUGCCAGGCCAGUGGAAACCCCACCCCAACACUCAAGUGGUUCAAGAACAGCAAGGAAUUCAAGAGGGAUCAGCGCAUCGGGGGCUUCAAGGUUCGAGAACACAUGUGGACCAUCAUCAUGGAGUCUGUGGUGCCAUCUGACAAGGGGAACUACACCUGUGUAGUUGAAAACAAACAUGGAAGCAUCAACCACACUUACCAGCUGGAUGUUGUUGAGCGUUCCCCACACAGACCCAUCCUGCAGGCCGGACUGCCAGCCAAUCUCACUGCGGUGGUGGGCAGUGAUGUGGCGUUUGAGUGUAAGGUGUUCAGUGACCCCCAGCCUCACAUCCAGUGGCUGAAGCACAUCGAGGUCAAUGGGAGUCGCGUUGGCCCUGAUGGCUUACCCUACGUCCGCGUCCUCAAGCACUCUGGGGUUAAUAGCUCGGACACUCAGGUGUUGACCCUCUACAAUGUCACUGAGGAGGAGAGCGGGGAGUAUAUAUGUAAAGUGUCCAAUUAUAUAGGAGAGGCCAAUCAGUCGGCCUGGCUGACCAUCGUCAGGCAUGAGGCCCAAGCAGUCCCCCGCUCCCCACCACCCAACCAAACCUACCUGGAAGUGCUGAUCUACUGCGUGGGCUUCUUCCUCAUUGCUGUCAUGGUGGCUGUUGCCAUCAUCAUCAAGAUGCGCACCUCGUCCAAGAAAAGUGACUUCAACAGUCAGCUGGCUGUCCACAAGCUGGCUAAAAGCAUCCCCCUGCGCAGACAGGUAACAGUGUCAGUGGACUCUAGCUCCUCCCUCCACUCCGGGGUGAUGUUGGUGCGCCCCUCCCGCCUCUCGUCCAGCGGCUCUCCUAUGCUGUCUGGGGUGUCUGAGUACGAGCUGCCCCAGGACCCACGCUGGGAGCUGCCCAGAGACCGACUGGUGCUUGGGAAGCCCCUGGGAGAAGGCUGCUUUGGCCAGGUGGUGAUGGGAGAGGCUUUAGGGAUGGACAAAGAGAAGCCAAACAGGGUCACCAAAGUGGCCGUCAAGAUGCUCAAAUCUGAUGCUACAGAGAAAGACCUGUCAGAUCUGAUCUCCGAGAUGGAGAUGAUGAAGAUCAUUGGGAAGCACAAGAACAUAAUUAAUUUGCUGGGAGCCUGUACCCAGGAUGGCCCUCUCUAUGUUAUUGUGGAGUAUGCCUCCAAGGGAAACCUCCGGGAGUACCUGAGAGCUCGGCGGCCACCAGGCAUGGAGUACUGCUACAACCCUGACCAGGUGCCCAUAGAGAACAUGUCUAUCAAAGACCUGGUGUCCUGUGCCUACCAGGUGGCCCGCGGCAUGGAGUACCUGUCCUCUAAGAAGGUAACAUCAGGAUCCGACUCUACCUACAUCAGCACAUGUAUCCAUCGAGACCUUGCUGCCCGCAACGUGCUGGUGACAGAGGACAAUGUGAUGAAGAUCGCAGAUUUUGGCCUGGCCAGAGAUAUCCACCAUAUUGAUUACUAUAAGAAGACCACCAAUGGUCGUUUACCAGUCAAGUGGAUGGCCCCAGAAGCUCUAUUUGACAGGAUAUACACGCACCAAAGUGAUGUAUGGUCUUUCGGGGUGCUGCUGUGGGAGAUCUUCACCCUGGGGGGCUCACCGUACCCGGGGGUCCCUGUAGAAGAGCUGUUCAAGCUGCUGAAGGAGGGCCACCGCAUGGACAAGCCCUCUACCUGCACUCAUGAACUAUACAUGAUGAUGAGGGACUGCUGGCAUGCCGUUCCCUCUCACCGGCCCACGUUCAAACAGCUGGUGGAAGACCUGGACCGCACCCUGGCCAUGACGUCCAACCAGGAGUACUUGGAGCUGUCUGUGCCUCUGGACCAGUAUUCCCCCAGCUACCCUGACACUCGCAGCUCCACCUGUUCCUCUGGCGAGGACUCUGUCUUCUCCCACGAUGCUGGGGCUGAGGAGCCCUGCCUGCCAAAGUUCCCUCCCCAUUCCAACGGGGUGGCCCUCAAGAAGCGCUGAUACCUCACUCCCCUCAAACACCCUGACAUUCCUCUUACUGUCGUUCCUUCUCUGCACCACUGGCCUGGUAUGAACUCUCCCAACCCUCCCAGAGACUAGGCAAAACACUGGUGGAGAGUGGGACAAAGCUUAAUUCUGAAACUUUUAAACGUACCGGUUGGGCAUCAAGGACUCAAGGCUGCAGCAGUUUCUUGGCUCGUGAUUGAGGUGGAUAUGUUUUCGGGGCACUUUGUAUUGCUGGGAUUGUCUUUCUUUUUGUGUCAAACGGUGCAGGAGAAGGAAAGACUAAUUUAUCCACUUUGGGCAUUCCAUGGAACAAGAUAAACAGACCGUGCUAAACUGAAAGAAUUAUGAAUUGGAUGGAUCUGAGUUAGGAUUAUGUCUGUUGUAUUUUUCCAAUGUUCAUCAAUAAUAAAUGAAAUAAUUUUGCUUUUUAGACCAAAUCCAGAGAA